GAGUUUCCUAGUUCCGACUAGCACGUAAACGCGGCAUACGACUCAAUCGCUGAGGUAUGACUCAAGUUAAGAACGUAGUACGUAUGAUAGCAAGUCUAACAUUUCAGCAUUUUAGGGAUCAAAUCAACUAAAGUCGUCGACAAUGGAUGAUCGUGAGCUUGAUCUCACAGAGUCACAGAAAGCUACCAAGUCAAAAUACCCAGCGAUCAACAAGAAGUAUGAAUGUGAGUUGUGUAGCUAGCUAAUGUUAUGAACAUGCUUGAUGGCUAAAUUAACUAUACUUUAGCUAGCUAACUUUGGUCUGAUUUGUUCACCAACAUAAAUGGGUUUUUGUUGAAAUGUACAAUGGAAAAGUAUGUUUAGCGGGGGAGACCGAGCUCGACCAACAAAAAUUGCUUAAUUGACACGUUGAUAUUGUAGGCCUAGUAGAUGAAUACCCUGACAUAUUGGAUUGAAUGUUUACCUUAUAGCCCACGAUACUGUAUUGUAGUAUAGUACAGUGGAAAGGGGGAUACCUAGUCAGUUGUACAACUGAAAUGUGUCUUCCGCAUUUAACCCAACCCAUCUGAAUCAGAGAGGUGCAGGGGUCUGCCUUAAUCGACAUCCACGUAAUCGGCGCCAAAACAUGAGUUAUUGAUGCAUUGAUCUUGUCAUUUGGUUUCUCUCUAGAUUUGGACCACACUGCUGAUGUACAGUAAGUGGAUUACAUUACAUUAACUACAGCAACUGCUGCUACUACCCAUAAACAGUGUAUGGUGGCUACUGGCUACACCUUUAUUGUGAAAUUCACAAAGCCUACCUGAUACUGCAGAGCACCUUAGAGCAGCGAUCAGUGACUUCACCCCACUCAGUGGCUUUAUCUUGCAUCUGUGUCAUUUACAUUUACGUCAUUUAGCAGACGCUCUUAUCCAGAGCGACUUACAAAUUGCGACUCAUCACUCUUAUGUAUGUUCCUAGGCUCCACUCUUGGGGAGACUCGCUGGAGGAGGCCUUUGAGCAGUGUGCCAUGGCAAUGUUUGGGUACAUGACAGAUACAGAGACAGUUGAGCCCAUUGACACAGUAGAAGUGGAGUCAGAAGGUGAGAUGGAUUUACAGAUGGAUUAAAAACAGGCAUAAUACUCAUAGGGAGAGUUCAUGGAGCAGAUUGUUUCAUUUAUGGGUCAAUAUAUGAAAUACCAUUGCAUUCAAUACAUUCUUAUAAUUUCUCUCUGUUUCUUGACCAGGUGAUGACAUGGAAUCACUUCUCUUCCACUUCCUAGAUGACUGGUUAUACAAAUUCAGUGCAGAUCUGUUCUUCAUUCCCAGAGUAAGGGCCUUCAAUAUAAUAAUGAUAAGUCAUGUUAGCCAGUGGGACUUCAUAGAGCUCUCUCUCUCUCUUACCCCCAUCAAUAGACAUCAAUAGAUGUUUAGCUUUCUUGGUGCCUGUCAGUAUCAUUGUGUGAUGGCAUAGGAGCAUGCACAUCAUUGCAUUGCAAAAAAUGUAUUAGGUUUGAAACAUAAUUACAACUGGAAGAUAACAUGUCAUUACAUUUACCACAAGUGUGUAUUUAUCUUGUAUCCCUCUUCACAGCUCAGUUAAUUACCAAUGAGCCAUUGUUUGCUUCAAAUAUCUCCUGCUUCAAAUGUAUUAAGCUUUAAAAAAUAAAAAUAAAAUAAAAAAAGACAUCGUGGCAACUAUCAAUUUAAUUUAGCAGUUACAAUAAUAAGGUAUUGCCUAACGUAAUUUCUGUCUUCUAGGAAGUAAAGGUUUUGCACAUUGACAGGAUGCACUUUAAAAUCCGCUCCAUUGGGUAAGUUGAUCUAAAGUUACACACACAUCAGGAUAUAGUUUUUACAGUUUUUGAUCACUGGGUGGUACUAAUUUACACUUGCAUGUGAUUGAUCCUCUUUUGAGCCACUUGCAUUACUCCUAGGUUAAACAGUGUGAGGGGAUAUGGUGGGUUGGUUUUAGGUUAUUAGAUUUUCUUCUACCCCUGAGAAAGACAUGGGUUGCAUGUUAUCAUGACUCCCUCCCUUAGUUCCUAUGCCUGGAGUUCUGUUUUGUUCUCAGCUUCCCUCCAUGCCUAUCAUUCUGUUUUCAUCUGCUGUUGUAGGUGGGGAGAAGAGUUCAGCUUGGUCAAGCAUCCACAGGUAAGCAAAUGGGAGAUAAUCCUGAUAAUCUUUCACCAUCUCUGGCCUGAACUGACCACACAGAGGUCUGCUGUCUGACUCUAUCCUGUCCAUAAGACAUAAUUACUGUUUAUGCCCUGAUGAAAAUGAUGUGUAUCCAAAACAGUUUGUUUUGAAAUUUGAAUUAUAUUACUAAAACUAGAUGCAUGAUUAUUAUUAUUAGGCUUAUCAGACUGUUUUCAUUGAUUGAGAAGAGUCAUUUCUGAAUACUAAUGUUUGUAUUUUAGUGUAACUAAACCAUCUGUAUAUUGUCUCUCCAGGGGACAGAGGUGAAGGCCAUCACUUACUCAGCCAUGCAGGUCCAUGACAUCGACAAGCCUGAGAUCUUUGCCAUCAUCGACAUUUGAGGAUUUUCUACAGAGGAACUGUCUCAGAAGGGAACAGGACUAUCAGAGCAUACCUCUAUGUGCCUGGAUGAAUGGACAUUUGAUUAAAUAAUUAAGGGCAGUAGCAUAGGUUUUGAUCAUGAGCUUGUGAAGUGUGAUGUUUGCCUCAUCAGGAAGCACACCUGGUCGUAAUACAUGCUGAUUAUAACUGCUCAGAGUAAUCUGGGUGUCUGAGUAGAGUUUACUGAGGAAUGCCAAUAAUUUAGCUUUUUGUUAUAAUUUUUAAGUAUCCCAAAUUAAUCUCAGAAGUUUCAAGACAAGACCGAAUCAUCACACAAAAUCUAGUUUGCCUACUACUAGGGAACUUAAACAUGAAUGUAUACCCCUUCUUGUGGACUAAUACAUAUUUUUGGGAUUAUGUACUGUAUUUUUACAGGUUGAUAUUUCUUAAAGCAUUUCAAUUGCCGCACCUCUCUCAGUGGUAAAGAUACCUAAAGGAUUCAUGCUGGGCACUACUCAUUGUAAAUAGUCAAAUCACAAAUUACCUUGUAAUAAAACCUUUUCCACACUUCAAGGUGCAUGGGGCAGCAGGUAGCUUAGUGGUUAAGAGC